CAUUCAUUCUUUAGUUCAUUCACUCAUCAUUACGCACAAAGAUUACACAAAAGUAGGGUCGUUGUGGAUCACAUAAUUGAUUUUUUACGAAUUUCAUCACAGUAACAAUGUUAGUGUAGUGUUUGUAUAUAUUGUUACGCCGUCAACGAUCAUGGGCUAUGACAUCGGGUGGAUAAUUCCUCGCCUCCGGAACCCUGGCAGGCUGUGGAACUGUGCAAGCUCUAUCACCGUAGCUGUCGUCGGUUUAUUUAGUAAAAUUAUCAUCGAGUUCCUGAACAAGACAACGGUGUACAACCGCGAGGUUUUGAAGCGCGCUGUCCACCGCCCGCCUGGUGUGCCGCUGCUCACCGUUUCCAACCACCACUCUUGUUUCGACGACCCGGGAUUAUGGGGCGUGCUGGAUUGCGUGACGCUAGUGCGAGGGUCGCGCAUGCGCUGGUCGCUCGCGGCGCACGACAUCUGCUUCACUAACGCGCUGCACUCGUGCUUCUUCGCGCUCGGCAAGUGUGUACCCGUCGUGCGAGGCGCCGGCGUCUAUCAGCCAGCAAUGGAUUUCUGCGUGGAGAGGCUAUCACGAGGCGAGUGGGUGCACAUAUUCCCCGAAGGUCGAGUGAACGUGGACAAAGAGCACAUCCGGUUCAAGUGGGGGGUGGGGAGGUUGAUCGCGGACAGUGCGCAGGCGCCGCUCGUGGUGCCCGUCUGGCAUGAAGGCAUGGAUCAGGUGCUGCCCAACUGUGAACCUUAUUUAUUGAAGUUCAGGAAAAGGGUGUUCCUGAAUGUCGGAGAGCCUAUACAGAUACAUCAUUUGUUGGAGAGGUUACGAAAAUCGAACGCAUCAGAAGAAGAAACCCGAAAGGCGAUCACGGACCGCAUCCAGGAAGAGCUGCUGAGGCUACGCGACCGCACGCACGCGCUCAUCGCCGCGCGGUCGGCGCUGGCGAGUGCACCGACGCGCCCCCCAUCCCCCGCCGCCCCGCACGAAGCGCGCAACGGCAAGGAGCGCGAGACAGACGCGGAGCAGUAACGGGGCCCAUGCCAUGACGAGGCGCGAUGUUUUGUUCUCCCUUGAACCUUUUGACGUAUGUCACUUGUCACAGUUAUGUCAGUGUGACAGUUGUCAAUGACUACGGUAGCCUCAUCAGUACAUUGGUGGUACAAGAACUGGGAACCGUAAGGUUGUCUUUAGGCAAUUGAAAGUAUUUUUCGAUAUAAAAAUACGCGAAAGUUGUCUGAAGGUAACCCUGAGUGUUACCAGGGCAGCAGUUGACGCGCCUUUGCCUAUCAGAAUAAAGACUCACCAAAAAAAGUAUAAAGGGCGCGUGCGACGUCACGAUCCGACAUGUGAAUGGCCAAUAAGAGCUGUAAACUCCAAAUCGAUACAGUUAGAGCGAUAACUAUCGAUUUAUACAUUCCCCGAAGUACAACAAAAGGUGUAUGUGAGUUUGUAUUUGUACGUGAUAGUAUCGCUCCCGACAUUCGCGCCUCUACCGACGAGCUUCAAUAGAUAAAUUAGCUAAACAUAUGUGUGAUUGUAUUGUAGAUACCGACUGCUAAUGUGGAAGACAGCGGCACAUUUUUACAUUGUCGAAGGGAUGAAAGUGAUAUACCUCUCCCCAAUCCCUGCCGCUCUGAAGGCCAGGAAGAGGAGCUGGAUUGUUUGAUGAUGUGAUGAUGUAAAAGGCUGUUAAUAUGACCUCGAACUAGUCUAAAAAUUUUGGAUAAAUAUAAUUUCAGACCAACCAAACUUGGACAUAAUAUCAGUCAAAAUUAGUAUGGAUAACACAAUUCAUUUCAAUGGCAUACAGAUUGAGGAUAGUUAUACCACUGUCCCUAUCCACCACAUUAGAAGUACGUGAACUAGUAUUCGGUUUGGGCAAGUGCGGGUGAGAGGUUUGACAUAGUGAGUGACAUUAUAGAACUGUUUUAUGUAAGUAGUGAAAGUGGCCAGCGUUCGUGUGUUUGUUUUUAUUCGCAUCGUUGUUCGUUUGACAACUCCCUGUGUAAAUAUGACUCGGGGCGAGAUGCUUUUGUGUGACAGUCUAAGUAUAUAGUUUGAAUAUGGUAAUAAUUGUGGGUGAGAGUAUGAAUCAAAUAUGCUAUUAAGAAAAAAUAAAUUUGCAGUUAUCAAUAACUUCAAAUACUUACAUUAGAAUUCUCAUCAAGUUAACAUACUGUAUGAUUUAUAUUUAUGUGCAAAUCAUUCAACUGGUUGAUUCAGUGUUAGACAAAUAUAUUGUAUUAUCUACAAUCAGCGUCAAAUUAAUGUAUAAAGAUGUUACAAGUCAAGGUAUAUUCAUUUGGAACUGAUAGAAUCUACAUUUUGAACAAAUCGGAACUAUACUUAACAAUACACAAACAUCUCGCCUCAAUACUCUAUAAUUGUGCCACUCGGUGCACACUCGAUUUUUCUAUACAAUUUUAUAAAAAUAUUUUGAGAUUUGUUACGAGCGUUUACCUAGUCGACGGCAUUGUGUGCGCUGUCAUUAAGUGUUCCCGUGAACAAUUUCUCAGACCGUUUGGAAAAGAUAGAAUUAAAUAAAAUGACACUUUAAAAUUAAUUAUUAUAGGUGUUGGCACGUAAGUUGAUCGUUCAGAAAUAUGGAAGGGAAAAAUACAUUUUAUGAGGGUACUUGAUCACUCAAAUCAAUCAUAUCAAUAAUGCUGUAAAACAAGAUAAAUUGGGAGGACAAUAUUAGGACAAAUAAGCCAGAUGUCUCGUUAGAACAAAUAUUUAUUUUAAUUGUGCUCUAAGUUCAGUAAUAUUCUCAAUUAAAAUAUUGACCCCAUAACUUUCGUGUACCGUUUUAGGCAAGAAAAUACCAUGUCCAGUGAUUUGUUAGUCCAUGGUAAACUACACAUUAGAAGUUUAUGUCUAAAAUAUUUGGUCAUUCAUCACCGGUCAAGUUAUGUGCUAAUGCUUCAAACAAUAUAGUUAUUAGAAUGCCUCAAAUAAUAAUAUUUUAUGUAUAUCAUUAAAAUUUCGAUAAGAUGUAACAAGCAUUGCCGAGUCACAAAAUAGUAUUAUUAGUCAAAUUAUGUAAAGGACAUUGCUUGUUAAUCGACGGUUUUAGAAUAUUUUACAACAAAAUAAUUUAUUGUAAGCAUUCAUUCGUAACGAACGUCUGAGAAUUUGCCAAAUGAAAUAGGCGCUUUCAUUGCCCGUUGCGGGGCGGGGCCGAGGAAUCACCAUGUACAUUGACAUUAAACAUGACAGUUGUCAAACAUAUUUGCUACUUCUAUCCCAAUUAAAAUAUGAACACAUAUCCUCAAUAUCAAUUGUUGAUAUUAAACGACAAAAAGGUCCAAAGAAUCUCUCUUCCCAGUGACUUUCCCAGUCUAUUCUCUCCAUCAAGUUCAGCAUUAUACUCAAUGCAAUUCAGUGAGUGGAAGGUGACGACUUACCAUCAUUGAUCCAUUGUUCUUUUAAAUAAUUUACUAAAUUAUAUUUUUUUAUUACUUGAAUGCACGGUCCCGCCCCUGCCACGGAUGUGUGUGAACGAACCUACUCUAUCUUUUCCGCCUGGUCUGGUCCCGCUUUACGUUUUUAUUUAUGUUCCUUGUAAACGAGUCUUCCGUGAGUUUUAUUUAUAUUUAUUGUGAUUGUGUUUACGGCUGGGCUGUCCUCAUCUGUGCACAAAGGGACAGCGCGGCGGCGGCUAUGACGACGCGGUUGUAAACGAGCUUCGUGUAUCAGAUCUACUUCAAUGAAUACCGUGUUUUUUUUCACUGAAUGAUAAAGGAAAUAAAUCGUUCAUGUUAUGAUACAAGAUCAAUCUGUAACGAAUUGCAGCUCCAUAGAAAAUUAAAAUUGUAAAAAAAAUAUGACAUCGUCACCAGAUGGUGACUUUGUUAGAGUCCAAUAAUUAUUGUAAUGUGUUUCAAACCAAUACACAAAAUUGCUUGUAUGCUAGUUCAGAAUUUUGAACAGUGAUAAGUACUAUCUACACGGGGUUAAGAGAGCUAUUGCAUUGCGGUAUUUAUUGGAGUUGAUCUAAUUUAUAGUCUGUACCGAUGAUGCAUAUGGGGUAGAUCACUGUCAAAUUAGAUCCAUGUAGAGGGCGCUGUAUUUAAAAAUAUAUUUUUAGGAAUUACUUUUAAUAAAUGGAAUGUUCUGCAUUAUUAAUGAAUAAAUAUAAUCCACCUAUUCAAGUUAUUUGUGGGGUAAACAGUGACUUAUAAUUUGACAGCAGUCUGCCCCACUGUCGCACAACGUUUAAUAUACGGCAUCUGCAUAUCAAAUGUAAAUACAUAUUUAUAGAUGUAACGUAGUUAUUGUUUAAAUACCUCAGUAAGAGGACGCGCCGAGUUGGGUGUAGUUAGGGUUGGGGCGCACUAGGAAAGCAGUUUGAGAUUAACGGCAGUUUGAAGAUACGACGUUGGAUUGUGCUUUAUUCAAAUCAAAAAAUAGCCUCUUUUUAUUUGAUCGGUUCGUAGACGCCUCUCAUAUUGUAGAGGUUUACGAUCGAUGGUGAUCAAUCGCUUGUUCCAUAUAAAAUUUAAAAGCUGUUAUAUGAGGGAAAUAUUUUAUAUGGAACACUAUAAGAGAAGCUAUUUCAAUGAUCGCAAACUAUUCGCCUUGUGUGACGGGUAAGCGCGUAGGGCUCGGCGCGUCGGUGUUGGAGCGUGUACAUACUAGAUAGUGCUUUUGUGUUAAGCGAUAAUGAUCAUGUUCUGUUAUCCGUUACUAAUGUAUGUGAUUUUUAAAUGUCUACCUUUUUAAUAAAUGGAUGGAUUUUACUGUA